AUGCGUCCUCGUUCCGUGCGUGCGGGCGCGGACCGCGCGGACGUCGCGAGCGUCGCUGGACCACCACGGGGAGCGCAACAGGGCGGACCGUCCCCGGGCGUUCCGAGCGCGAUCGGGAACGGCGAGCCGGUCCUCAUAGCGCCGGGCUUCUUGUUCGAUGCGAGCCAGUUCGAGCAGCUCGCUUCGGACCUGCGAGCGCGCGGGUUCCUCGCCUGCGUCGCACCCAUCAGGUGGUACCACUGGCUGCCGACGGUGGGCGGGCGGUCGAUGCGCCCCAUCCUCGACAGGCUCGACGCGUCGAUCGACCUCCUGCGGAAGGCGCACAGCGACGGCGCGACCCUGGCCGACACCCCCCUGACUCUGGAGGGACUCCCCGAAUACUCCCCCGGGGACUUCGCGCGCGAGAUGCGCAACGCGUCGCUCGGCGCGCGCCACGCCGGCCGCUUCCUGGCCGACACCGAGACGCCGCGGCUGGCGCCGCCGGCGAGCGAUGCGGUGCGCGUGGCGCUGGUCGCGCACUCCGCCGCCGGCUGGAUCGCGCGGAUCCUCCUCGGCGGCGGUCCGGCGUACUGGAACAAGACGUACGACGCGGCCGCGCGCGUGCACACGCUGCUCACGCUCGGCACGCCGCACUACAGCAUGGAGGGGGUCACGAAACGCAACCUCGAGUUCGUCAACGGUGGGUACGCCGGGUGCGUGCACGCGGCGGACAAGGUGGGCGCGGAGCGCGGCGUGCGGUACGUGUGCGUCGCGGGCCGCACCGUGCGCGGGGAGGUCAAGCUGGGGGGGUUUUACAAAGACCUCCCGUACCAGUCGUACGAGCUGUGCACGGGGUCCGGCGACGCGUGGGGCGACGGCGUGACGCCCGUGGAGUGCGCGCUCGGGCUGGACGGCGCGGAGACGCUGACGCUCGAGGGCGUCGAGCACGUGCCGGUCGCGGGGGGGCGGGUGUGGUACGGCACGGCGCCGGAGCCGCUGGACGCGUGGGCGGGGCUGCUGGUGCGCGGGGACGCGGCGGCGACGCCCGCGGAGGCCGCAUCGUCGCGGCCGGCGGGCGCGCCGUGA